CCCAACCCCAGAGUUUCUGGUUCAGUAAAUCUAUGGCAGGCUUAGAAUGUGCAUCUUUGACAAAUUUCCAGGUAAUGCUGAUGCUGCUCGUCCGGGGAACACACUUUGAGAACAACUGGUCUAAACUGAUUCCCCCAGCAAUUAUAGAUGGCGGGAACACUGCAGCCUUGGGGAGUGAGUCUCUGGUGCCUGAUUGCGAGGUGCCGAACUCCGGGAUCCCCUGGCGGAGAAGAGACGAAGCGCUGAGCGUGAACGUGGGCGGCGUGCGGCGGCGGCUGAGCGCGCGCGCCCUGGCGCGCUUCCCGGGCACGCGGCUGGGCCGAUUGCAGGCCGCGGGGUCAGAGGAGCAGGCGCGGCGCCUGUGCGACGACUACGACGCGGCGGCGGGCGAAUUCUACUUCGAUCGGCACCCGGGCUUCUUCCUGAGCCUGCUGCACUUCUACCGCACCGGCCGCCUGCACGUGCUCGACGAGCUGUGCGUCUUCGCCUUCGGCCAGGAGGCUGACUACUGGGGCCUGGGAGAGAACGCGCUAGCCGCGUGCUGCCGGGCGCGCUACCUGGAGCGGCGCGUAACGCGGCCGCGCGCCUGGGACGAGGACAGCGACACGCCGAGCAGCGUGGACCCGUGUGCAGACGACAUCUCCGACGUGCAGCGCGAGCUGGCGCGCUAUGGGGCUGCGCGCUGCGGCCGCCUGCGCCGCCGCCUCUGGCUGACUAUGGAGAACCCGGGCUAUUCACUGCCCAGCAAGCUCUUCAGCUGCGUCUCCAUCGGCGUGGUGCUCGCCUCCAUAGCCGCCAUGUGCAUCCACAGCCUGCCCGAGUACCAGCCCCACGAGGCGGCGGCCGCCGUGGCUACAGUGGCCGCGGGCCGCGGCGCGGAAGGCGUGCGCGAUGACCCUGUGCUGCGCCGCCUCGAAUACUUCUGCAUCGCCUGGUUCAGCUUCGAGGUGUCGUCGCGCCUCCUGCUGGCGCCCAGCACGCGCAACUUCUUCUGCCACCCGCUCAACCUCAUCGACAUUGUGUCCGUGCUGCCCUUCUAUCUCACGCUGCUGGCUGGCGUGGCGCUCGGGGGCAACCAGAGCGGCGCGAGUGGAGAGGAGCUUGGUCACCUGGGCAAGGUCGUGCAGGUGUUUCGCCUCAUGCGCAUCUUCCGUGUGCUCAAGUUGGCGCGCCAUUCAACCGGGCUGCGCUCGCUGGGGGCCACGCUCAAGCACAGCUACCGUGAGGUGGGCAUCUUACUGCUGUACUUGGCCGUGGGCGUGUCGGUGUUCUCCGGGGUGGCCUACACAGCUGAGAAGGAGGAGGACGAGGGCUUUGCUACUAUCCCAGCCUGCUGGUGGUGGGGCACAGUGAGCAUGACCACCGUGGGCUACGGGGAUGUGGUGCCGGUGACGCUGGCUGGCAAGCUGGCGGCCUCAGGCUGCAUCCUAGGGGGCAUCCUGGUGGUGGCACUCCCCAUCACCAUCAUCUUCAACAAGUUCUCCCACUUCUACCAGCGCCAGAAGGCUUUGGAGGCAGCUGUGCGCAACAGCGACCACCGGGAGUUUGAGGAUUUGCUGAGCAGCGUUGACGGGGUGUCAGAGGCAUCACUGGGGACAUCCCGAGAGACCUCUCAGGAAGGAAGGUCUGCAGACCUGGAGGCGCCCAGUCAGUCUCCAAAGCCUCAGAUUUAUUAAAACCGGGGAUCCACUACCCCCUUCCCCAUACCCCUACAGUCAGCUGGAACAGAGCAGAGAUUCCUCCCCUGCCUGAGUUCUUCAUGGUAGUGAGACUCUUGGGACCACUCGUGCUGGCCUGAGAUAUCAGACUCAGAGGCUGUGUACCUUCCUCCAAAGGCUGGAGAUAGUGCUACCUGAGAUUCUGAGAGCAACUUUGUAAACCAGGCUGGGAGCCGUCCAUGAAGCAGGCAUGAUCCAGAGGGAGAAAGUCACAAGGAUGCCAGUGAUUUCUGAGCACCUCCUAAGUAUUAGCCAGAUUGUGUUUGGCCCUGCCUUGGAGGAUGAGAAUUAACCCCAUUUCACAGAGGAGGAAACUAAGGCUCAGAAGUGCCAAGACUCAGUCAAGCUCACUCAAGUAGAAGUGGCAGAGUCAAGUCUAGAAUCCAGGCUUACAGGUCUGUGGGGACCAAUGCUCCAUCAACUCUUUCUUCUGACCUUGCAUAAGGCUUUAGAGGGUUUGUGGAUUCCCAGAGUUUAUUCUUAGGGUGAAUAACCCCCUUCAAGGUAAAGGAAAGUACCAGACAGGAGAUUGGGAUGAAGGAGCCUUGGAUCUCAGCCAUGGUCUGACAGGAGACAGCUCUCAAAGAUGAGUCUUUAUGGGAGAGGAGAAGGGAACUGCCUCUUUAGCUGAUGUUUAAUUUGCUAAGCAAUACUCUCCUGCAUCUUCUUCCCAGGGCUGACUUGAAUUAAAGAAACUCUAAAAGGGCCCUGGCUUGCGGCCUGAGGUCUGGACCCAACUGUACCAGGACCUGCCAUGUGAAGUGGGCCACUCAUUGCCCCCAUCUCCAGAUUGUAGCCCAUCUGUCAAAUGGUGACAGUCUCUAACUCAGAGGGAGAUGAAAGCCAAGUGGAGGAGAGGGGCACUGAAUUCAAGCCAGCCCAGCUCUGAAGUGUUGGUGGCAGGGGGCUGCCAUGCUGGGCACCUGCCUCCCAGACCCCUCCAGUCUGACCUUGGCAGUUCCCUUCUGCCCACCAGCCAGACCUCCAGCUCUGCCUUGAGUGACCAUCCAUGCCAAUGCUUAAGACUUUUGGCCAGCUACAGCCCCCUCGCCCUUGCUGCGGGCACAGUUCUGAUACUCCCCUGCCAAAUCCUCUCUCCACUUACUGAGGUUUGAGGUUAGUCAUUUUCAUACACUGUGGCCAGAGCACCCAUCACUCUAUUGCCACUGCCUGACUGUGGCUUUCUCUGUCCCAUCACACUGAACCUCAAGGUGUCUGAACCCCAGGCUUGGUGCAGAGUAGGCAUUUAGUAAAUGUUGAAUAGAUUGAUCAAUUUAUUUUUGUUUUGUUUUAUUUUGUUUUUUUUUGCAGUGUUUUGGCCGGGGCCGGGUUUGAACCCGCCACCUGCGGUAUAUGGGGCCGGCACCCUACUCCUUGAGCCACAGGCGCUGCCCCAGAUUGAUUAAUUUGUAUAGCCUCCAGGGGGCCAAGCACUGAGGACAAAGAGGAAAUAGCAGAGAGAGAUCCCGUCCUCAAAAGGGCAUAAACAAGACUGAAAAGGAGGAUCACUCAGCUCUGCCUCUCCGUCCCUGCUUAGUUCUUGAAGUUUUUACAGUGACUUCCUUGUAGGGUCUUCACUUACUUAUUCAACAAAUAUCUACUGGAAGGACCUUAAACUAGGGCUUCACAUGUAGCCUGUAGACAUGUUUUGUUCAGCUGAAAUUUGAAUUCUUCGGGUGAGGCAGGCCCCCUCCAGGACCCCAUAGCAUCUCCCCUACCCACUGCCCACACACACAGGGACACUCACGCUGCUGUCACUGACGCUCACAGCCACUCCUCAGAUUUACUUUACCCACCUGGCCUCUGAUUUACUGACUGCUUACGGGGCUCAAGAGAUACAAUGGUGGACAAAAUAUAUAACCCUGUACUUGUGAAGCUUACAGACUAGUAGGGGAGACAGACUUUAAUGCAAUAAUCACAUAAAUAUAUAAUAGUGCACUCUGCUGAAUACAGGGAACUGUAAUGGGUAUAGUGUAGUAGGGACCACUGCCCAAGGAGGUAAGAGAAGGCUUUCCUGAUUAAGUAACAAUUUAACCUCCCAUCAAAAGACAGGUGGUUAAUCAGGCAAAGGGGGUUCCUGGGAGGAGUAUUCCACACAGAGGAAACUGCAUGUCUGAAGGGCUUAUGUCAUAUGCAAGGCCUAGAAUACAGUGGGUCCCCAAUGUACCCAUGGAUUCUGGGUCUUUGGAUUAGAGCAGAGGCUGGAGCUAUGCCAAAGGGGUUCUGGUGAAUUCAGCACACAUCAGCCCUCCCACACACUCACCUUUUAGCAUCCAGGCCCAGAUGAGAAGAUCUGAAUACACCACUCUCAGUCUUGCCAGACAUACCCAGAAGCCAGAUGUCUUCCAUACUUUGUGAUCCAACAAACAAUUCCAUAAAGCUGGAUGGAGAAAGCUCAGGAGAGAAUCACAUGGCCUGAACCCACCAUAAGAUUGUGUGUGAUCCUGGCAGACCCAACUCCUACUUCUGUGUGUCAGUGAAACCCGUUAUGCAAAUAAAGAGUGUGGCCCUCUGCUUAUGUGGAGCUGGCUUCCUGGCGUGCUUUCUGAGCAAUGGGGGAGGGUGGGCAGCAUGUGGAAUGACUUGGACUCCACACCCUGUGCUUCCAUUCUUGGGUUUGGCACAGGCUUUGCGAUUGCA